CAAGAGAGACUACUAACAAUCAAAAAAAGAAAUAUAAUUCGGUGAAACAUUUACAGAGAUAACAAUUUUCAUUCAUGAAGACAAGUAUUAAAGUGUCUCUAAAAAUCCUGAGUCUCGGCGUGAAGCUUUAUAAGCCGGCUUCCCGGCGCGGGUGUUUACUGUUUUCCAAGGUGAACUCCUCGAAGCAAGAAAAUCGCUCAAAGUUUUCUUUCUACAGCCAAAUUUAUAACUAAAUAUUCUUCGGAACGUUUUCUUUCUAUCUGUGGUGAGCAAAUAUAUCUGAAGGCUUUUUAAAGUUCUGUAAGCUUAUAUCAAACCGUUCAAACCUGAUACUAGGUCAGAUCAUUGACUCAAACUACGGCUACAACCGUGCAUAAACUUGCCGCAUAAACUGUCAGCGUGAAUGUGCAAGACUUCAUGAAAUUAGAUAUAACAAAAACAAACAUCAAAUACAAUAGUUACUCAGGCUUACCAUUCGAGAUUCAGUUCCUGAAAGCUAUCAAGGAAGGCCACAGUUGCUUGAGACUUUUAAACCCUCUUAAACAUUAAGCAAGGUGAAAAACGAAAACGAUGCCAUCCGAAACUGAAUUACCAAAUUUUGACAAGCGACGCGUUCCUCAACCAAAAACCCAGUAAACAAACCAGCCAUGAAUAACAGAAGACUCUUGAUAGAAGCUGUAUUUCAUUUUGUACAUCCAGAAGAAAAAGACAGUUAAAAACAUCACAAGUUGACACAAAACUCUUCAGCUUCAGCUGUCAAAGUAAACAAUUUUCAAGAUGCUGCAUAAUUUUUUCGCAUGAACUCACCAGUCAAAUUUUGACCAAUCAGAGUAUAAAAAUUGGACGUAGAACGUGACCAACGCGUGACCAUGGUAAGAUAAGGUCAUCCCCGCCUGUACUUUUAAAAAAACUGGCUGAAUUUUCGCUUUCGAAGUCAGUUUGAAAUCAAAAUUCUAAUAGUGCGGGGCCAUAGUGUUAUAAACACAGCAUAUUUGAUAUGAAUCCUUGGAAAAAAUAAACUUGAGCCUGCGAUCAUUUCAAACUGGUAAUUUGUCAGCGGAUAAUUUCAAAAAAAUACUCGACCUCGAUGGGUCGACACUUGAGCCCGCGCUACGGUCAGGUGAUACUGGUCAGCGGAUGCCCUGUUUUGACAGCUGUCAAUUGAUCACAACAUUGAUGUGAAAUUAGUUUUCUCUUGGGCUCCCAAACUAGCUAAAAUGUGAGAGUAAACAUUGGUUUUCCUGUGGUGCGGACGGACGGUCGGUCGGCGGUCAGCGGUCGGCGGUCGGUGUACGGUCACGUGAUUACCAAAUUUUCUGGGAUGGGUAGAUUUACUUAGCAAUGGGGCUCCGCCCACGCGCGCGCUUCGCGCGCGCGUGGAGCUCCGCUAUAAGUUACCUUCAAUGAGACUUUUACAUUUCUGUCAUCUUUGCCAGUAAUACUUUAAAUAUGGCUCAUGUUGUUCGCCUCCAGAUGUUGUCAAGUACAAGUUCAGUGUAACAAUAAUUUGAUGUCCCAAAUUUAUUCCAUGUACGCGCUUACGAUGUGUUUACAACUGAGCUUACGAAACAAAUCGCUAUUAUCAUUGCUUAGUAUCAGUGGCAGUUGUAAAUUUGCUGCCGUGACAAUUGUCUAGUCGUAAUCUAGUCUGGAGAAUAAUUCACCAAGUCCGUUUCACUGUCGUGUUUGAUACUGGUUAUAGCUUUGUUAUGAUCACUUCUCACGAGGGAAAAUAACAAAAAUUUUACUGUAAAGAAUUUCGAAUUCGACUGUCAUGAUCUCGCGGUCUCUUUAGUUGUCUCUUGUUCUAGCAUAUCCACGAACUAGAGGCCUUUUUAUCUUUUAAAAUCAGCGGUUACAUGGAAACAUUGAAAAGCAACAACAACACAACAAUAGAAAUAACAGGAAAACGUAACAUCAUAUUUUGCGUCCAAAAAAAUCACUUACAUAGAUCGAAUUUAUAUUUAUUAUUUAUAUUAAUGUAAAUAAAGCUGUGCAUAGUUUUUAAAGUGAUAAGUGAUUGCAACUUGUUGGAUAAAUCGUCCAGAUAUAAAUCCGGUGUUCAGGCGAAUGUUGGCCCCAGUCUUCUUCAUUUGACUUCAAAAUUCGUCUGAACACUGGAUUUAUAUCUCCAUCUUGCGGAGAUAAUUUGUUUCUAGUAUAAAUUCGGCCACUGUAUGAGGUGCGUAAAAAAGUUACAAGAUUGUUCGAUCCAAAUUCGUACAAACUAAGCACGGAAAAAGUCAUGAGCGCGCGACAAAACUGAGAAGAAAAAUGAUCAGGUGCGAGCAUGCCACGUGGCGUUAAGCUCUUAAAAUUCAGAGCUAGGUUAGCUGUACAUGUUUUUGUGACCACGACCAUGUGCUCAUAUGCGAUUUUAUAAUGAAUCUCAGACUGGAGAAGAACACAAACACCAAAUUCUGCGUUAAACAUAAGAAAUCGGGAACUUUUGAAAUGCUGGGCCUACAGAUAUGAACCAACCCGGUGAGGUGUUCUGAGUGGUACUCGCGCUUCUUGAGUAGAGGAACAUCAUUAGAGGAUGACGAGAGUUCAGGGCGACCAUCAACGACAAUAACCACUGAAAAUGUCUAAGAAAUUGCUAGAAUUUUGCGUCGCCAUCAAAGAAGUUGCUGAUAUUGUUAACGUGUCAAAUGGAUUAGUUCAGGCUCUCCACAUGAUCACGUCCACUUUGAACAUGCAUUGCCUCUCUAACCAAUUCUUGCCCAGGCUCUCACCGCCGAGCAGAGGCGGCACCGUGUUGAAAUCUGCGUAGAUUUUAACACGCUCAAGGUGAACCAACCUUUAUUUGCAGGAUGAUAACUGGCGAUGAGUCUACAGGCGGCUCUAACCUAGAAACAUAACAGCAGACCCUACCAUCUCCAAGAACACACUGGAGAAGGCAGGGCAGGUCAGGAGCUCGAACAAAACUAUGCUCGUCAAUUUUUUCGACUUCACGAGUUUGUACACCGUAAAAUCGAUCCUCAAGGACGCACUAUCUGAUUUAUGCCGAAUUUUAGUUUCCCUUCUGUGGCGUCUGAGAAAGGACAUUCGGCACAAACGGCCUGAAUUGUGGCGCGUAGAAUUGGAGUCUUUAACGUAACAACACCUCUGCUUACAGUGUGUUGAAAAUGCGGGGUUUACUGUGCUACACCAGCAAGAUCGUUGCUCCACAACACAUCCCCCCCUUCCCAACUCGCCAGAGAAGUGACUCCCUUCGACUUCCGCCCUCGCAAGAUAAAGCUUUUGUUUUCUUUUUUCAUUCAGGUAACUGUUCUGAGAAAAUGGAUAUAGCUAUCCUGGUUGACACUUCAAAAAGCAUGACUGAAACGCAAAGAGGUACUCUAACUACAUCGAUUGACAGAUUGAUAGACAAAUACCCAGUCUCUGCUAAAGGAAACCAUUACGCUUUUGUGACCUUCGACCGUUACGCAAAAAUCCGCAACAAGUUUAAUAAUAGGGGGCGCUAUAAUAAAACGAUCCUUAACGACUUGAUAAAAACAAAAGUCCGUAUUUCAAAAGGACUAAAAUGGGGAACUCGUUCAGAUAUUGCUUUAUACCUGGCAGCGAAAGAGCUGUUUGCUAUAGAAGGAGGAGACAGAGCAGAUGCAAAAAACAUCCUUCUUGUCUUCACGGAUGGACUACAGCGUAUAGCAAGAAGGGAUAAGGUACCCUUCAAAGAUUUUUCAAACAGCACAAAAAAACUGGAGGUAAGUCAUUAUUUUCUUGAUUACUAUUAAAACCCUAAAUAUGCCCCUCCGAUUUACACAACCCCCUAAAUAACCUCUAAUAAAAAGCUCCUCCGUGUAUAAGCCCCUGACAUACGUGAGCCGCUUAUAACAGAACUUUUUGCUUUUGAGUGAGUUUACAUUACCAGUAUAUAGCAAGAGGAAACGUUUCUAACAUAGUUCAUCACAAAUACAUGCUCAGCAGUUUUUGAAAAGCGAAUUUCCUCCUACGCCUCUUUAGGGAGGUAACAAUAAAAUACGUGUGUGUAGUAUGUAAGCCUCUCCAUCGAACAGCCCUUCCGAUUGCAAGCCACUCGUGUUGCAAAACGUGAUUAAAAGGUCCUCGAAAUUUCCGCUCAUUCAUCACUUGCAGCUUUAUUCCAUAAAUUACUUAUGUACUUUUAUUUAAAAGAAUUGUUUUGUGCAUUGAUCUUUUCCUCCUAUCAUGUACAACUUUGUAUUUUGAUUUUUUUGAGUGAUCUUUUAGAGGAAGAAAAAUAACCGAGAAUGAGAGACGACAAUAGCAAGAAUUGAAUCCGAGAAAGAAAGUAAUUAACCCAAGUCUGAUGUCAAAAAAUAAUAAAGAGAGCAGAAAACUUUCCGUUAAUUUAACAUGCUAUCAUGAACUUCUGUAGAAUACUCAAUACUACAGUUUUAAGGAAUCUACGAAUUAAAUUAAAAUACAGUCCAUCUGUCCAUCAUGUAAUUUCAGACAGUUCCUAGUUUUCUCUAAUCUAGCCAGAAUCCAGAGGCAAACUUCUGUACGGCGAUGAUCUUCCUACUAUUUCUGAUAGGAUUCUCUUUUUACUUCGUCAAAUCCCAAAAUCUUGUACUUCAUGUGAACGGACAGGCCAGAGUAUGUAACUACCCCUGCAUUGUUUCAAUCAAUUAAUUUAUUUUAGCUGUUGUAAUCAUUAUAUAUUCCCUUUAGAUCUUGAUUUCUAACUACCCUCUAAUUCACCUUUUAUCCCUCCCCCCCCCCCCCCCCCCCCCCCCCCCCCUAACCACAAACAAAUAUUGAAAAAAAAAAAAUUAUUUUUUUUUUUUUUAUUUUUAAUUCACUACAAAUUUUAAUUUUAUUUUUUGUUUUAAAAACAAUUAGAUUUUUAAAUUUUAUAUUAUUAAAUUCAAAAAAAAAAUAAAGAAAAAAAAAAUAAUUAACUUCUUUAUUUAUACAUAAUUUAUGAACAAAAAUAUAAAUGAGCUGUUUCUACGUGUUUUCAAAAUCCACAUAUUUUUUGUUUUAGUGAAAGGGACGGCCCAAGUAUUUAAAUAUCCCUGCAUUUUUUUAAUCAAUUAAUUUUUUUUUUCUUUUUUAAUUAUUUUAUAUUCCCCUUUGAUCCUUAUUUCUUACUACCCCCUUAUUCCCCUUUUUUCCCUCCCCCCCCCCCCCCGCACCCUAAUUCAUUGAACCAAUGAGAAUUUUGGAAAAUGAAAAUUUUAUUUCUUUUUUUCGGAAAAAAUGAAAAUUCAAAAUCAACUAAUUCAUUUUCAAUUUUGCAAAAAAUGAAAAUGGAAAUUUUCAAUUCGUUUUUCAAUUUAAAAAAAAGAACGAAAAUUAAAAUUGAACUUCUGGAGCGGAGAAUCUGUUUGUUUGCUUCUGACAGGAUUUGACCACAGAUAUAGUUAAGUACUGAUUUUCUUUGAUCUUUGUUAAAGCCUUAAGCUUUUCAUUUCGGCUAAAAAACGUUCCAAUAAAGAUUUUAGAUCCAUAGGUUUUUUCCAAGGAUCCGAUUGGCUUAUGCGUGUAGCUUUUUAUCCGUGAAUCUGAUGAUUUCCUGUUAUGUUUUAACACUACGCUAUGCUUGGCCCAGCUCUUUAGUGUUGUUUGCAGGAUGUUUAAUUAAUUCUUUCGGAUAGUACGAUCUUCAAACCCGAAUUGUAGCUUAAGCUGAAGCCGACAACAACUAAGGAGAAUUGUGCUGUGAGUCAGUCAAGACAAGUUCAUUCUUCAUUUUGUUUCUCUUGAGAUAAGUAAGUCUUUGGACUGGAGCGCGAUGUCCUGUAGUUCCUCUGCUUUAGCUCUUGCAUAGUCCCUAAUCCUCAUUACUCCGCGCGGCCAAUUUGUUUGGGGUCACGUGGUCCGAGCAAAAAAAUGGGUAAGUUUCCCGCCCGAUCGCCUCGGAUACGUCACCGUCGGAGUGAAUUGGCAAGACUGUGUUUCUGAACUAAAGCGUUCCUCGUCGGUUGCUACUAUGGCAAAGUCUUAGUGAAGAGAGGUUCUUCAGCGUUUGUUGGCAUAAUUUAAAUUAAUUGUUUAAAUAUUGGUAGCUGCGAUCGAAAAUACUCACUUGCCAUUGGCUACUAACCAGUAAACAAUAGCGUGAGUGUCGCUCUGAUCCGGGUUGUGUCGUGCUUCUCCUAAUAAGUAAUUACUCGAUAUGCAUGGAAGAAAGACCAGAAAGCUUCAUGGCCUCUAUUAAAAAGGACCCCCUCACUCAGAUUUUAGAACACUCCGCGCACUGCUCACUCAAGGGCCACGUUUUACACUAUCUUGUAGCUCAUGAGUCGUGUUUCAUCUGUCAACACUUUAUUUCAAAGUUGGCUGUAACUUUUAAAGAGUACUUUGCACGACACCAUCAAGCGUCUUGUCGGAUACCGGAAUUUGCUUCUUGAUUCCGUGCUUACUGCAGAAGCUCCUCACACUUCGUAAACUACAGCCUCUUACACCAAUUAAGAACAUGGUUCUUAAUUUCCUCGACAAGAUCUUCAUAGCUGUUGUUCUUUUCAAUUAUAGAAGACGCACGACAAAUCGUGAUUCGAGGAUCUUGCUUAAGGCUGUAAUCUUUUUCUCAUUUGCCGCCUAAAGGAUUGAAAAGUUUCUAUUCUAAUUUUUUUAGGAAAUUUAAAAAUGAAUUAGGUAAUUUUGAAUGUCUCAGUAUGUCUAUAACAAACACAAUACCGCGUGGAAAGUGCUUUGUACGGUGCAUACGCACUCAUUUUUGUAUUAGAAAUCUCCGUCAACAACUCGUACGUAAAUACCGUACGCCCGGACUUUCAUUAAGUAUUCAUAUAUUUCCGUUUCGUAAAGGGCCGUUGUCAUUUAACACAGUCGAUGCCACCAUGGGGAACCAAGCCUUAGUCAUGAUAGAUGUGAUAUUAUAUACACUUGUAUUCCCAGGAUCAAGUUACAAAAAGGCAAAUACGUUUUUGAAUAGUUUUAGAGAUAACGACGUUGCAGCCCAAGUUUAAUUGUGUUGUCUGACCUUUUUGAGGGGAAAAACACCUGCUUUCCGUACGAAGAUUAUUCAACCUGAAUGAGAUGACCGAGUCCGAGUGUCUGUCAGCGUUUAGAUUUGGAAAAAGAGACAUUCUGAUAAGAUAGCUGUUAUCAUAUAAAUUUUAUUUCCUCUAUCACAGUUGAUGCCACCAUGGGGGAACCAAGCCUUAGGCAUGAUAGAUGUAAUAUUAGGGUCACCUAUUAUGCAUGUCUAUUAUUGAUGUUUCGGUUUGGAAAGAUAGUUUGCUAGUUUAUCUACUUAAAUGUUUCGGACUUUUGGCGGGUUGGUGUGGUAGUCUAAUGGAAAGGAGAGAGAGAUUAGGUUACGAAAGAUCCGAGUUCGAACCUGGGUUGAGUGUCUUAAAAAUAGCAGCUUCCGUUGACGCGACGGAAAUGGAGCCGAUGUCAUGCGCCUUUCAUUUACCCUAUUCCUCUCCUCAACCAGUUUAGUUUUGAAGUUUUUUCUUUGCUUUUCAUUGGUCCUUACUUCCAUCCAGAACGAGGAUGUAAGCAUCGUUGUCGUUGGAAUACUCGGCAAACACUGGGAGCAGAAAGAAUACAGAAACAAGAUGAAAGAAAUGGCUGGUAAAAGGGGAAAAGUGCUCAGAGAUCCGGAUUUUGAAAUUCUGACCAAACGCUUUAAUGAAGUGUUAGAUGCUUUAUGUCGUAAGUAUUUUUUUUUUCAUUAGCAGAUUUCUCAAAGACAAUGCUACGUCAAAUGAGAACGAAGUAGUGCGCAGAAAGGACUGAGCCCGACUUCCGGUGCUGAAUUUGUUCCUCUGCCAUUGGUCAAAUCGGUUUUUAGACCUGCGAACAACAUGGUCACUUUUGUCGCGUUAUGUUCUCACAAGCGGGAAAGAUGAAGCAAAAUCUGUGCUCUUUUAGGCCACCCGAGCGGGCAACAUAGCCUUUCUUGUCCGUUCGAGGAUUCUGGCUUUGUUCCCGCGAAAAAAGUUAUCGCACAGAGCAUCGAAUCAAAUACUCUAAAUGCUCCUCAUAGCAGCAUAUAACCUACUAACGUAGACGUAGAUUUUUGAACACAGUCCUUUUAAUUUUUUGCGUGUUUUUCAGCGGUGAAUGGAGGUUACAGCAAGUGGACGAGUUCUGAAUGUAGUGCGACCUGUGGAGAAGGUGUAAAGACAUUGACGAGAACCUGCACUUAUCCUCCGCCUUCCAACGGUGGAAAAAACUGUAGUGAACUGGGACAAGCCAUGAAGAAUGUUUCAUGUAAUGAACAAGCAUGUCGUAAGUUCGAAUUUUUGAACUUAUUUCCUGGUUAUGAGUGCGACAUAGAAAGGAUGAAGAAAUAAACGAUAAGUUUCAAAUUUUACGAUCGUAAAGUUAUGCUGAGCACUAAUGCCCCACGUAGCAGCACACAACCUACUAACGUAGACGGAGAUUUUUAAACAGCGUUCUUUAAAUAUUUUACCUGUUUUUCUGCGGUGGAUGGUGGUUACACCAACUGGACGAUUUCUGAAUGCAGUGUGUCGUGUGGAGGAGGUGUAAAAAUAUUGACAAGAAGCUUCACCAAUCCUCCACCAGUCAACGGUGGAAAAAACUGCGAUGAAUUGGGACCAGCAAAUAUGACAGAUUCUUAUAAUGAACAAGAGUGCCGUAAGUGUUUUACUGUUUGCUUUGGUUCACUCCCGAAAUGCAAAGAAGAUGGUUGAUAUUGUUUUAGAACAAAGUCUGGCAAGAAUCAAAAAUCAUAUUUUCCUUAUCGCGCAGUCUUGGGAUGUAAAGCUAAAAUUAAUGCCUUAUCUCUCAUGAUUUUCGGCACAAUUUUGAAAACGAUCAAAAAAUCAUAUUUUCCUUAUCGCGCAGUCUUGGGGUGUAAAGCUAAAAUUAAUGCCUUAUCUCUCAUGAUUUUCGGCACAAUUUUGAAAACGAUCAAAGUUUUUGCUUUUUGUUAGCGCUUAUCACUACCAGCAUAUUAUCGAUAUAUUUCUAGUUUUUUUUGUUAUUGUCAAGCUCUAUCCAUGGUUCAGUCUAUUCAGUCCUAUACCAGGGCUGCGUUGUUAUCCGUCUUGUACUGAGCAUAUCGACCGUUGAGUCGUUCUGUCACCGGUUCCUGCUUUCACGGGAAACAAGAUUAUGUCAGGCACCAUGCAGAUAGGAGAGAAAGAACAGCCACUUGAUAGGCAGGCCAUCUAGCCUGAGUAUCAGGCGUUUCUGGGGAAAAGGGGAACUCCCCUGGCCCCGUAGGAAGGCCUGAUACUCAGGCUACGGGCCAUCCAGAUCCCGAUUAAACUUUUAAAGAUCCGAGCCUGAAGCAAAACAAAGACAAAUACAAGACUAGGGGACCGAGGUUAAAAAUGCCAUUAUUACAUGAUUGCAUAUAGUUAAGCAAGACGUUGUCAGACUGGGCGUUCUUGUAUCAGGCGUAUGUUAAGUUUUCAUGCGUGUCAUGGUUGUGUGAGUUGUGCAGUAGUGUUGGUUGAGAUGUCUGAAGUGGAAGAUAGGAAGAGCCCUUCUGCUCCUGCGACUUAAAGUUAAAUGGUGUUCAGCGAAGUUUCCUUUCUGAGCGGAGUUUUAAAGAUUGUAUUUGAUCAAGCGGCUUUCGCGGUGUUUGCUUAUGAUAGUUCUCCGCGAUUAACUUUGAACGCAAAAUCCCUCAAAAUCGCUUAUUAUAAUUAUUUCCAGGAAAACGACAAAAGUUAGCCGUAGAUAAUUAUAAGGUAAUAUUACUUUUAUUUAGCAUUAAUCUAUGCACAUAUUUAGCGAUAUGUUUCUACAGAUAAAGCAAACUGUAAAUCCAGUGCAUGUGAGAGUAUAGAGGUCGUUCAGACUCUUAACUAUAGCCAAACCCGCCAAUUCUAAUUAUUUCUGAGAUAUUUAUGUAAAAAAAAAAGUCAGAAAAAAAUCGCCCGGCAUCUAAGGAGGAAUUUCCGUAAGCUUUCUCCAAAUUGAAGAUUAUGAUUGCCUUAGCAAUUCCUUGUAGCAGUUUCUAAAGGACAAAAACGAGCACAAUUUUGAGAAGAUUUGGGCGUAAAAAAUGUAUUAUUUCACAAUAAAUGGAGGCCAAAUGAAUUAUUUUUGUAAAAUCUGGAAGCCCAUUAGCCUCACAGUUCCAAGCAACACUUGGCUGACAAUCCAUUUUGUAGCCACCAUGUUGUUUGUCAUACAUGUAUUUCAUGUAUAAGUUUAAUUUUAUUGUAGUUUUAUAAGAUGUAACUGAAAUACUAUGAAUUCAUUUAUGAUAAAUUUUUUUUGUGAUUAAUUGUCAAAAAUGCUCAGUAGUAGUAGUAGUAGGAGUAGUAGAAGUAGUAGUGAAUUACAUUCCAUUUUUUGCAGCACCUCCAUGUAUUGCCGGACUAGACAUUGGGAUCGUUUUAGAUAAAUCUAGAAGCAUCGAUGAGGAAAACUUAGAAAGAGUUAUCGAAUUCCUAGCAGACCUGGUAGGAAAGUUCAACCCGGCACCGGACGGGGAUCACUUUGGUCUCAUCACAUUCGACAAGGAUGCAAGAUUGGUGUUUAACUUCUCUGACUCUGAAUACUACAACUUGGACAGUCUUGAGAAAAAAAUAGAAAGCGAACCAACAGAAAAAGCCAAAUAUGUUGGAACUCGCACUGAUCUUGCUCUAAUUAUGGCGCGGGACCAGCUGUUUACUGAGGCGGGAGGAGAUAGAAAAAACAGCCCCAACGUAAUGUUAGUCCUGACUGAUGGACACCCCUAUGGCUUGCCGAAACAUAGCAAUUUUACAGUAUUUUCCAAAAAUAUAUUGAAAGAUUUCGAGGUAAGUGCUUAUUAUAUUUUCUUCUAUCAAGGACACCUUUCACCUUCGGUCAAUUUCGUGAAUCCCUGUUUGUUUAUAACAUAUUGUGGCAUGUGUAGCUUAAAGUUUAGAGUUUGUUCCGGUUAAGUUGUAACAAGGAAAGCUAUUAGCACAUUCGUUUUUGAAUUUAAGUCACGUAACUGAAAACUAUAAUUGCGCUUAACUCACUGAACACUCCUUUGUGGUGUGGUGGAGGCUUUGGUUACCGAACAGUUAACACAUUGCACCUUAUAUCUAUAGGCCCGGGAGGGGCUCGGGUUCAUGCCUUGACAGAAUUUCAGCGAGGGACUGAGAGAGCAACUUACCAUCGUUCGCUGGAAAACGUCACUCUGCAAAAAGCGUGUUAACGAGCAUGCAAACGCAAUCUUGAGUGCCUGCCAAAUUAGGAUAAUUAAGUGCGUGGUGGAAUAAACUACAUGUGUAUUCAUUUCAUUCGUUCUAUGUAAGAUUAUUGUGUUCAGAUUCGUGUGUAGAUUUAUUUAUUUACUUCUAGUAUAUAUUUACUUUGCUAUCCAUUGGUAACUAACAAUGGUGAAAGGAGUUUGGCACUACCCCUCGGUCUAACCUGAGAACUUAACAUCUGUAACCAACAGACAAGUAUCCAGAAAGAACGACAGAAAGAAAGAAAGAAACUUUUCCUUUUUCUUGUUAGCCAACUCGUGCAUUUUCUAUUUAAACAAAACCAGUCACAGGAUACUGGCGAAACGUGACAGUAAAUUUCAAUGACAAUACGUUAAUAACAAGAAUCGCCGAAAGGCGAUUUUUAACUGGGCUGCAAAGGGGCUAUUUUUUUCUGAGGGAAGGGGGCGGCUAUCACUGACGCUCAGGCGACCACAAAACCUUGUCGCCGACCAUUGCGUGAGACAGAAUCUCAUGUGAGACUGAAACAUAAACUCAUUCAGAACAUUGUACCCUUUUGAAAAAAGUUAAGUUAGCCAUUAAUUCUAAGCAGGAAACGAUUUGCAUUAUUUUCACGCACCCCUCCGCCAAUCCCUCUGAGCCCCCAAAUAUAGCGUGACAGUAUAACGUGACCAAUUUGACGUAACCGGAAAUUCAAAAAAUUAUUGUCGUUCUACGAGUAUAAAAUGCGACAGACUGAGCUGAUUUACACUAUUAGACAGAAAGAUUGUAUUGUAUGAAAACCAGAAGUUUACUAAAACAGACAGCCAACUGUCCAUUGAGGAGCCUAGACUGCGAGCAGUCCCUCCCUAAGCUCGGCAGGACUGGAGAGAGCCACUUUCACAAUUGCGUUUUUCGCUGCCGUCAAUUAUAAUUACGAUCACAAGCAACGAAAUCCACCAAUCACCAAUCACAAACCAUGACCUUUUGAACCUGUGAAGUAAACUUGAGUUUCCUCAGAGGUCCGUUAAGAUGAUUGACAGCAGCAAAAAACGCAAUCGUCGGUUGGCUUUUGAACUUUAGAAUUCGCAUGUUUGUGAAACGUGUAGUAAAUAGACGAUCCUAAUUUGCGGAUGAAAACGCACUAUGUUUUCCACAAGAUAAAAAAUAUUCACUUUUAAGACUUUCCUCUUGGUAUUUUUCUUAAAGGAAUAAAAUCCUUUGCAUUUUGUGACCUAAAAAAGCUUAAAGAUUUCUCGCUCGCAAGUUCAUGUUUCUCAGCACGCACUUCAAACAAUGUAAAUAGAUGAAACGAUCGAUAACAUAUUUUUUACCUAAUACCGAUAUGAGUUAAAAAUUCGCUCGAGUCCACUGUUUGUGUUACCCAUGACUAAUUUUUCUUCAUGGAAGAAAACUAUGCCGCUUUAUAACUCCUCCGCCAGCUAAACAAUAUGGAAACACUAUUUACAGUCCUUGGAUAUUAAAAAGACUGAACGUGACGCACUUUUGUGCCUUUGUUUACUUCUGAUCACAUCUUCAAGCGAAGGCUCUCUUUUCAAGCGAUUCAUCUCAAAGCACAAUUAUAUAAUUGGCCCUUAUAUUAAUUAAAACCCUAUGGUUCAUUCAUAUUAAUGCUGUUUUUGCCCCUCACAUUGACUGUGUUCGUUCGUAUUCAAAACACCAUUAGGAAAAUAAAGGUCGUAUAAGUCAUGUGUAUUAUGUUUUGAGAUAAAAGGAUUAUACGCUUUUUUAAGUUUCCAUUUUGCGGUGACUUCAGUUUACAUCCCCAUAAAAUGGUAGAGGAAAUAUCAAGAAACAUCACGAGAGCUGAAAAUUUUCGAAGGCGUGUUUUCUGAAACUCGCUAAUGCUAGCUGACGCUUGCUGAAUGGGCGAAAAGACAGAGUUGUGAAAACAAGAUCAUGUACAAAUUUUUAAAACGAUAAAAGCUUAGCAAGAUACAGAUACAAACAAAAGCAAACCCCCUGAAACCUCGACCUGGGCUACACUUGUAUGCUCUACUCAGUCAAUAAGCCUUGUCAGUAAUAUCCCCCAUUUUCCUCAAGUUGGUCUUUGUGAAGCUCCCGGUGGAUGUCCCGGUGAAGGUUUGAACUUGUGUGCGAAAUUCUCAAAGUUCAUAUUUUUGUCCGUGCCUUCUUUAUCCCCAGUAUACGAAAUUUAGACCUCCAAAGUGGCUUGUGUUGCAUUAUAAAUAGAAGGAAAUAUUAAAAGGAAAAGCCAGUCUUUUAAUAUGGCAAAGUUGUCAAGUCCCUCGCUCGUGGACGUUCAUUUCUUAACAUCAGGAUUCAUCUGACAUUCGUCGGCAACUGAGUUGUUCGCUUCAGUGAGUGCGACAGCUUACAUUCAAGUCUUCAACCACAGUGUCGUCAACUGGUGAAAUACUUUGUUCAUAAAUUGUGCUUAUUAAUUGCUCAUGUACUACAUCGAUCGAUAAUUCUCUCUUUGAGUUCACGAAGCGGCCCUGGCGUUCCAAACCUGACGCUCACAGUCAUCUUUUAGUAUGAACCUACCGUGAACGGCGUGUGGGUUUGUAUGCAACGUGAGCAUUUCUCUGAGUUUCCCAGCGCCAACAUCAUCAACUGCCUUAAACUCGAACAAUGACAAAACUUAUAAAGUGUCCCCUAUGAUCGAAUCGCUUCGAACAACGCAAAUAGCUUUCUUCAGGUUCGCAACGCCUUCUAGGUUUCCCAAGGGGGGCGGAGACGAGGUACAAAAAGUAUUCGUGCAAGAGUCCGUGCAAGAGAAAGUCAUAUUAAACACCUUGUGAGAACAUCGUUUCUCGGUACCAGACCCUCGUGUCUUCCCUCCCCCGGGAGGCCGUUUUCCUGCACAGACGACCGAAAACCGAAUUUAUGACUGGGCUUGCAGGGCAGCCCAGUAACUAAAACCGCCACCAUUUUAGUUUUCGUGCAGCAUUGUUUAUUGCACUUUCACCUCUUUUCUUUUCUCGGUCUUGUGUUCAAUUUAGGAAAAGGAAGUUCACAUAGUAGUAGUUGGUAUUGGCGACGAUAUAAGCACAAACAUUCUUAAACUGAUAGCAGGAGAAAACGGACAUGCGUUGAAUGUCGCUAGCUUCCAUAAACUGCAAGAAGAAAUUGACGGAAUCAAAUCAUCUGUUUGUUCAGGUACUUUGUCUUUUAAUUAUGGUGUCAAGGAAACAAGUUGUUUACAAUCUCGACUAUCUGUUCGGCUCAGUUUGAGGGUGUGAAUGGGGUUAACCGACUAACGACAAAAGGCGAAAAAUAUAACUGACUACCGACAAAACGAGUAAAAAAUUACCGAAUAGCGACAGGAAAAAUCUUCACCGACUACCGACACGGGCUGACACUAUCAGAAUUUGUUUUCAGAAAAGUGACCAUUUUGCAUUGUUUUCUAGCCGUUAGGAAGUAAUCUCUUUAAAUUUAUGACUCAUCAGAUGGUCUAACAGAAAGAACUUCCUCUUUUGUUAAUACGGGUACAUUACUACAACCAAUAUCAUAAUCACAGAAGCCACACUUUAAAGAUGCUACCGACUUUAUAAAUGUUAUUGAAAAAGACAAAGGUGAAAAAACUGAACGUUUCUUGUUUCGGUCCGAGAAAUUCUUAUAGAGUAAUCCUCAAAUAAAAUUCUUUCCAGUUUAAUGGAAACACUAUCAGUAAAAAACCACGGUACCGAGAUGAGCACAAACAGCAGUUUCCUUUCCAACAUUUUCAUGGCCGCAUAUAACCUGCGAACAAAAUCUCCUUCGAUCUUCCUAGAUAAGUCGGGAAGAGGAAGGAACCUCUGCCGACAUCCUCGACAAUUCAUAUUGAGCAUGCUCCAAAUUCAAAGUUUUCUGCGACGUCAAUCAAACCGUUACCGUAGCAUCCACUGUGUUUGUCAGCACAUGUAAAUGUUAGCGGGAACGUACCGGUUCGUUUUCACCCUUCCGUAGCUGUGUUUCCUCUGGAUUUGGAAUCUAAACUUGCCAUGUUUCAGUGUAAAGAAGUGAAAAAAUUCUUACAGCUAAGGUAAAACUUACGGUGCUUUUCAAAAACAAAGCAUCUAACCUUGAAACACAGAAACACACAAAACGGAUCGAAAUCCAGCAAUCACAAAUCACACACUACGACCUUUUGUUUCCUAAGAGGUUCGCUAAGAUGUAAAGGCGAGAAAACGAAGAAAGCGUCGCUUGAUUGACGUCGUAGAAAAACACAAAAUCCAAAGACGUUUUUGGCAUCGCAGGUCGGGUGUUAUUCACAAACAGCUGUAAAAGCCUCGAUCAUUUAAAUACAACAUGGAUUCUGUGGCCUCACGAUCUUAUUUUGAAUUAAUGUCAUUCCAAACACAAAAGAAUAAGCAUAGAUAUUGUUUUUUAAAUAUUUUUAUUCAAAACCCAUUUGUUUAUCCUUCCAAGAACUUCGCGUAACACUUACGGGAUUGUGGAUCCGUUCACGUAAGUAAAAUUGGCUAAGUACAUGGUUAAAUCCAAAACAAAAUCCAUCUCCAAUCUGGGUACAUUUUCCAAUUUUUCUAAAACUGAACGUUCGAUCUAUAAUUUUCUCAAAAUUACUGCAUUAAAUAUUUGUUUUGUUAUGGAGCGUGGGCGCAGAAAGAAUCAGAAAAACUCCCGAAUAUGCGUGCGUGCACAGACAAAACUGGUUUAUCCAGUAUAAAACUUGUCUGACUUAUCCAAAAAGCUGGAUGAUCGGCAGAUCAAAGGAACUUGAAGAUGCCGGCAGAGUCGCUUCCUCUUUCCCGACUUAUCUAGGAAAGAUCGAGAUUACUUCACCCUACUGCUCUACUGGCUGUGAAUUUUACGACCGAAUUAUCUGACACUGAGACAAUCGUUUUAGACCCGGUUGGAUACUAAGGCACAACAUUCAAAGAAAAAUGAGAAAAAGCUAUAUCAUUGACGUAAACGUAAAGACGCAUUUUAAAAGGAAACCAUUCAGUAUAUACAUUUUCACCUCUUAUCAUCCACCAAUUGUUAAAAUGGAUUUGGCAAACAAGAAGCCUUGAGAAUCCUACGAACAAACUCCUCCAUGGAAGUAUUCAGAUUUCAAAAAGCGGUUGAUGGACAGAGGCUGCCCACACAAUUUUGAAAGAAAAAUUGCUAUUAGAAGUAAAACUCACAAAAGGAAAGCAGCGCUCCUGAAACAAAACAACAAGGAAGAAAAAGAAAUAUUGCCUUUCGUGACACAAUACAAGCCCUUAGUGUCUAUUAUAAAAGAAGCUUUAAUGACAAAGUGUAAUCUCAUACAAAACCAACCACUACCUCGCCAAAGUUUUGAAGCACCACUUAACCCUCGGACGUACACGCAAAAUCAUGCCUCCUACCAUGGUACAAGAGGAGGGUAGAUGGAACCCCUUCCCAGAGUUUUUGAUAUGUUGCAGUAUUUCGAAGCGAUUUUGCCUUCACUGAAAAGCCUUUGACCUUCUUAACAAGAUGAGGUAUAUUUUAUGAAUGGUGGCGUUGCUGGAGGCCUGUGACGUCACCAACAAUGGUCGCCAUCUUGACCUUCAUCUUGGAUUUUAACAAGAAUUAGAAAUCAGGUUAUAGCUUACAACAGCGAGAAAUGGUAAUUGCUUGACAUGAAUAAUAACACAUAAAUAAGCACUUUGCAUGAUUUUAGCCACAAGAUUUACUUUUACUGUUGAAAAAAGUUGGAAAAAAAAACAUAUAUUUUCUCUCAAAAUGGCUUGACCACCUGCUACUUAUUACGUCAUACCUCGUAACCAUAGAAACUGAUCAUCACUGAACUUGUCUCAAAAUGCGUGCGAGGGAUAAACGACCAUCUACUGAAAACGUCAGGUGCUGAUGUUUGAUCCUCUUGGAAAAACCCCAGAAAAACCUAAGGAGGGUGGCAUACACCCCCCCACCCCCACCCCUUGUACAUCCGAGGGUUAAAGUGUUAUUUCUUUGAGAAAGGAAAAUAUGGCAAAGGACAUGCUUGUUAGAGCCAAAACAUUAAAGGUAUAGAUGUACAGCCUGUCACCCCUUGCAGUUUUUCCCUAAGAAUAAUUUAAGUAUCCAAAAGGCUGGAGUCUAUUAAUUAAUUAAUUACUUUUUACUGUGCCCUGUAGUCGACAGGGAAACCAAGUUCGCAUUUACCACAAAAGGUUUGGUGAUUUUAUCAGUACUCAUGAUAUUCAUUUGGCAAACAAUGGUGAAAUAAACGAUCAUGUUGCAUAAACAGACAAGAGUUAAUGAUGUUUACGUGUAAUCAAAUGAUACAUUGAUACAAGUUUUAAACUUUCCUUAGGGAUCAAAGUCUUGAAACUGGGUGAAGUACAUAAAAAAUAUUAAUAAUUAACAAGCGUUUUUACUUAUCACAAACGAUUUUUUGAAACAUAAGCAAGCGAAUAUUAACGUUAAAAGCCGACGUUUCGGUAUCAUCAUGACACUAUUCUCAAGGCAAAAUGAAUAAAUAAUACGAAGUUUUGAUUUCUAUAGUCUCUACAGAUUAGCAUAAUAAGAAAGGAUCACAAGUUCUUCAAGUGAAUACCUUUGCGCGAAUCGAGUCCGCCUGCACGUUUAGGGAUGGUUUGAGUUUCCUUAUAAAGAGCAUCUCCUUAAUUAGGCAAUCAAAUUUGUUAGAAUCUUUAGAGAGCACGUGAAAUUGUUCUGAAAGAAAAGGUGGUACGUCCGAGUUAUGUUCGCUAAGAUAAUGUUUAUUAAUGUUUUUUUAAGUUGACAACGAUUUCUGUUUAAUUUGUGUCCAUCAACGCGGUCGUGGAGGUGGCCGCGAGUAUAACCAACAUAUCCUGCAUCGCACAGGUUACAUCGAAAUUGAUAAACUAAACAUUGUUGGUUAACAAUGGCUGGCUUGACUUCUCGAAAUUUAAGGUCUUCGUUGAGUUUUCUGCUGAUGAACACGAGCUGAAUAGUGGUCUUGAUUUUUAAGGUGAGGUCUGUGAGACGUUUUUUCACUAUAUUAGCAGAGACCUGAUCUUUAAAUGGUAUGACAACUCGGAUUACAAGGUAGCAGACCAGCAGCAAAUUCCAUCAAUGGACACGACUCCAACCCCCAUCCGAGGUAUUCACUUGAAGAACUUGUGAUCCUUUGUUCUUAUGCUAAUUUGUAGACUAUAGAAAUCAAAUGUUCGCAUUAUUUAUUCAUUUUGCCUUGAGAAUGGUGUCAGGAUGAUACCGAAACGUCCGCUUUUAACGUUAAUAUUCGUUUUUACUUAUUAACUGAGAUUUUCCAAAAAUCAAAAAGUUUAACCGACUACCGACAAAGAUCGAAAAUUUUAACCGACUACCGACAAAGUAACUGAAUUUUAACCGACAACCGACAAAUGGCCCCCCCCCCCCCCAUUCAUACCCUCCAGUCUCGACAGUCUUUUCUCUUUCUUCUCUUUACUUUGAUCGUCUUUGUGAUAUAAAUCAAAGGAGAUGUGGCUAAAAAUCAAGUAGGCUUUUACCAGGAUUUCUGAUAUACAAUGACAUUCUACCUGAUCCGCUUCUCUCAACAGUAUAUGACUUCUUUAUAUAGUAGUACUGUUUUAAGAAUAAGACCAAAAUCGAAAGAUCUGACACAUGCGCAAUUAUACAAUAUGUACCUAGGGAAAAAGCACUAGGGAUAAGCCGGCUUUGAAAUUUUACCAGAAUCUGACGACUAUCUUAAAAUUACAGAAAUAAUAAAUUAUUGAUAAAAAAAUAAGCUCAGAGAGAUCUCUGAUUUGUUUAUAUAACGCCUUUCUUCUGUCUUGGGGUGGAUUUCUACUGUCGCGUGCGUACGGGAGUAAAAUUUACGUGCGUAAGUUUUGAAAUAGGGGCAGUGUAUGAUAGGCCACGGUGAACUUAAACUUUUACUCGCAACACUUCAUACAUUGCCCCUAUUUUAUUGACGCGUGUAACAUUUUCGUGUGUACAAUUUCGUUCUAGCUUCCUCCCAUCAGCUCGAGCGGAAACGCUUGCUACGUCGGCUAACAUCUAUAUGCAUUUCUAUAAUUUGCAGAUUAACACGCCACUGCAAGCUACCGGGACGUCGUUAACCAAAACGUGGCCUGAUUUGUGGAAGAUCCGAAGGACUCGGUUUAUAUACUAUUCAGAAAGCCGUAGUUUGGUUGUUGUUUAGUUCAGGAAGUUAAUUCCCAACGUGGGUAGUUCAUAGUAUCUUGUUGCGAUCUUCUUCAUCUGAAUUACUGAGGAUGGAAUUCCACUGUCGCGUAUUUCUUACAUGGGUAAAUGAAAUAGAGGCAACAUGUAUACGCGUAAACGUUAAAGUUGAAACUCCCUCAACUUUCACGUUUACGACACUUUACACAUUUCCAUUUUAUUUACCCGCAUAAACUUUACUUGCGUACGCAUAUAAAGCUUAAGCGACACUGGAAAUCCACCCUCACAAUGGUUACCUACGCAAACUGUUACUGUUGGGUUUUGCUGUCUGGACAUUUAUAGAAACGAAUGAGGAUACCGGUAUUGGCAAUGUAUAAAAACUGUGUGGUGAUAUUCCCGUAUUCUAUCCGUAUUUAGUCUCUAAACGUCAAAUUACCACACUGUUUGAUUGAGUUUCAUGUGAUGCUCCUUUUAUGUUUUUAUCUUGGUCUGUCAGGUUGUAGUGUUAGACUGGUUUAAAACUUUAUCUACAAUAGGAAAUUGUUUUUUUCACUCUUAUUACUGUGAUUAAUAAAAUAAUAAUAAUGAUAAUGAUAAUUAAACAUUUUACUUGUCCUACAAAAAAUGUGGUCUUAUGUUGUUCACUUAAGUCUUUCUGAUCCAUCAGGAUAUUUGCUGCAAACUUAGUGUUAGGAAAAAUUUCCAAGGCACAAGAAUCAGUAUGAAUAUCCCAUUUUUCCGGUCCCCGUACCCAAACAUUCUGACAAGGUUUCAGCAGGAGCCAGAAACGGGGUACGAGACCGCAAGCUCGGGGUCUACGCGGUCCCAUCGAAAUAGCCAAAUGUGAUAUUUUUAGAUCAAACUGCGCCACCCUCAACGUUCCAAUCUCGCGAGGGGAACCCCGCGAAUUUGCGCAGCUAUCGUGUGGAAUUUCAGGAGAUGGGCGAUUGUUUUGCAACUUUGUUUGGGUGCUCUCUGAGCUUCUCUGAACCUUCCAUUUGCUUCAUAUCUCAAUAGGCAAUCCAUGCACAGUGUAAGAAUGAGCCAAUAUUAUAUUUAACAUUACUAGAAAUACGCGUUUAUCGCAAAAAUGUCGCGAAGCUUUUAAAGGGAAACCAGCCCUUGGGGAAAAUACCUUAUGAUUAAAAACAAAAAAAAACAAAACAAAACAAAACGAAACGAAACGAAGCAAAUUUAUACAACAAAGAAAACCAUCUGCUAGGAAGAUUGGCUCCUAGACCACGUUGCCACGCUACCAAAGCGUUAAGUGGGAAAAUUGGUAAACACUGUUUGAAACUGGUAGAGCUGUAUUUAUCAUAAAUUCAAAGAUAUAUUUGAGGAAUAUUCACCAUAAUCAUUAUUUGUUGUUGUUUUUAACUUUCCUCCCUCCUUUUCGCCGCAAGUUUUUUUUCGUCCGAACGAGAUAUUCAUCGCACGACAUCUCUUCUUCACUGGAUUUGCCAAAACCCUCGCACUACGGUGAUUAACAUAAGCAGAAUCAGAAUGAGAGUCCUCAUAUUUAGAGUUAUUGUCAAAAGGGUUCUCCUCAAGGUCUUCCCUCAAAUUCAGAGGAGGCAAUGAUGACUUUAAUGGAAUUUAUUCAUCUCGAUCUAACGGAGGUAAUUUCCGACGUCACUUUGGUUGUUUAUGCGCGCGUGUCACACGAGAUGGCACAAUUUGUCAUAAAAAUAGCACAUUUGCAUUGGCAAUUUAUGGAACCAACCCCAUAACUUGAAAAGGUAUCCAGCCACGAUCUCCUUCCUCGAUUAUGGCUCCUGAUUUUAAGUAAAAGGGACAGUAGAGGAAACCAGCGCUCUAAAUAAUUUUUCACGGAUGAUAUAUCCAUAAACUGAUCAACAACAAACAUCUUAACGAAAUGUAUGUAUCGGCAAUAAGUGCAUCUAGCUUAGUCACUCAAGACAUAAGGCAAAACAUGUGGAUGUCUCAAGACAAGUUUCUUAUGAAAAAUGCUAAAAAUGAACUUGAUUGUCUUUCAUUGUCGGCACCCGUCAACAAGUCAGUGUCGUGUCAGUGUCAGUGUCUUGGACGCUUUAUCAUUGCCCCACAAUCUCCCUUUCUAACCUACAGAUGGGUGACUACAAUGCGAAGACAAGCUCUGUUGCGUUCUGAUACAGUCGAAACUCCAUGUGCAGCGACCACGUCAUCUUAAGCGACAACUUCCAAUAAGCGAUCACCUAUCCAAAAAUUCAAAACUUUCCUGGGCAAAUCACUACAAUUUGCACCUGUCGUAAACGACCACCUCACCAUAUAUGGUCAAUGGUCGCCAUCUUGACCUCCAUCUUGGAUUUUAACAAGAAUUAGAAAUCAGGUUAUAGCUUACAACAGCGAGAAAUGGUAAUUGCUUGACAUGAAUAAUAACACAUAAAUAAGCACUUUGCAUGAUUUUAGCCACAAGAUUUACUUUUACUGUUGAAAAAAGUUGGAAAAAAAAACAUAUAUUUUCUCUCAAAAUGGCUUGACCACCUGCUACUUAUUACGUCAUACCUCGUAACCAUAGAAACUGAUCAUCACUGAACUUGUCUCAAAAUGCGUGCGAGGGAUAAACGACCAUCUACUGAAAACGUCAGGUGCUGAUGUUUGAUCCUCUUGGAAAAACCCCAGAAAAACCUAAGGAGGGUGGCAUACACCCCCCCACCCCCACCCCUUGUACAUCCGAGGGUUAAAGUGUUAUUUCUUUGAGAAAGGAAAAUAUGGCAAAGGACAUGCUUGUUAGAGCCAAAACAUUAAAGGUAUAGAUGUACAGCCUGUCACCCCUUGCAGUUUUUCCCUAAGAAUAAUUUAAGUAUCCAAAAGGCUGGAGUCUAUUAAUUAAUUAAUUACUUUUUACUGUGCCCUGUAGUCGACAGGGAAACCAAGUUCGCAUUUACCACAAAAGGUUUGGUGAUUUUAUCAGUACUCAUGAUAUUCAUUUGGCAAACAAUGGUGAAAUAAACGAUCAUGUUGCAUAAACAGACAAGAGUUAAUGAUGUUUACGUGUAAUCAAAUGAUACAUUGAUACAAGUUUUAAACUUUCCUUAGGGAUCAAAGUCUUGAAACUGGGUGAAGUACAUAAAAAAUAUUAACAAUUAACAAGCGUUUUUACUUAUCACAAACGAUUUUUUGAAACAUAAGCAAGCGAAUAUUAACGUUAAAAGCCGACGUUUCGGCAUCAUCAUGACACCAUUCUCAAGGCAAAAUGAUUAAAUAAUACGAAGUUUUGAUUUCUAUAGUCUCUACAGAUUAGCAUAAUAAGAAAGGAUCACAAGUUCUUCAAGUGAAUACCUUUGCGCGAAUCGAGUCCGCCUGCACGUUUAGGGAUGGUUUGAGUUUCCUCAUUGUCAUUCAUUCCAUUUCCAUUUUCCAGUGUCUUUCAUUGUCGGCACCCGUCAACAAGUCAGUGCCGUGUCAGUGUCAGUGUCUUGGACGCUUUAUCAUUGCCCCACAAUCUCCCUUUCUAACCUACAGAUGGGUGACUACAAUGCGAAGACAAGCUCUGUUGCGUUCUGAUACAGUCGAAACUCCAUGUGCAGCGACCACGUCAUCUUAAGCGACAACUUCCAAUAAGCGAUCACCUAUCCAAAAAUUCAAAACUUUCCUGGGCAAAUCACUACAAUUUGUACCUGUCGUAAACGACCACCUCACCAUAUAUGGUCAUGAUGAGAGGUCAUCUAAAAAUAUGAUUGACUAAGCGAGUACCACGUGUCCAAUGACGUAAUAUAAUCCAAGUCACACAACACAAAACGGUAAAACCGGAAAUGUGUCACCCAACAUCGGUUGCCCUGGGUACAAACGGGGACGUUGGACCUUCAUUCCCCGCGUGUCUAAGGCGAUGAGUUGCUCAACAACGCGUUGUAAAACACUUGCGUGUUAAUGUCGUCCAUGGUGAUCCCGUGCUGGAGACCGCUGCAGUGGGGGUUGGUUGGGACGUGUCCACUCGGCCAUAGGACAGUAGAGGCGUUCAGCGAGUUCGGUCAUGAGGGGCCAUGGGUGGGCGUGUUGCAGCUUGAUGACCAUGUGACAAAUGUCGACAACAACAACAACAAUCUUUAUUGUGCUCUUGAUACAAAACGUGUUAAGACAUACGAAGGAAAAAAUUGUGAAAAAAAAGAGAGCACAGCCACUCAGAAAUAGCAAGAGCCAAUCGCGCUGAGUGGCUGGGCCAAGAGGAAAAGUAACUAGAUAUCAAAGUUGUUAUAAAUAAACAAAUGCACACAAAGACACACAAAGAAGAAAUAUAUAAGCUGUAAUAAAUAAGCAAAUACACAAACAAAUAAACAAAGAAGCAAGACAAAACAACGGCUGUGCACACAAUUAGCUGCACAUAAAGUACACCAAUCAAUAUUUGGAGAUGACGAUUGCAGACUGUGCUGCAGGGAGGGAGAAAACAGCCAACCUAGAGGGAAUAAAUGAUCCUGCAUUCAUUAUCCUCUUUGUAGGCAUGCUGGUCUUGGAAGCAAUAACAAUUCGGCUCUGUGACAUGAACUGUUACCCCAUACCCCCCAUGGGUACAACCCUCGUGAAAACACAACAAGUGGUCCACGUCCCACCCUCCACGCACUUGUGA